GAACGCCGGGCACCGGCGCCGUGGGUGGGAGUCCUCGAGAGAGUCGCCGAGCCAAGACUACCCGAAAGAGCCGUGCACCACUCAGUCUGUCCGCGGGCGUCCGUCAAGCAGACUUCUGUCCGGCUCUCCGUCUCCCACCCUCCCUGCCACGCUCCCUACCCUACGCGCGCUCCGGUCUCGAAGGCCUCGCGGAAGACACAUGUCGUCGGCUAGUGGUGCAGCUGCUACCGGCUAACCCGCGUGACCGCGCGGUGUUAACGUAAACGCGAGUUCACUACGUUGCUCCGGUCCGUCGUCGCGUCGCGCAUUGUUUUUCCCCACCCCUCUGUUUUCAUCCCCCGCGCGAUCGGUUCUCAUAUAUGAAAGUGACUCGACGCGGUGACACAGGGUGCUCGUAGUGCGGCCAGUGAACAACCAGACCGGUGGACAAGAUGCGGCGGACGGGGUUUAUCUGGGGCCUCCUCGUAGGGCUGGCGGUCGUCGCCGACUGCUUCAACGUCGAGACCAAGCACUACGCGGUGUACCGCAUGGAGGAGAGGUCCAUGUUCGGCUUCGCCGUGUCGACGUACCGUGACAGAUACGCCCGCGGAUGGGCGAUUGUGGGCGCACCGGAGGCUGAAACUGCGCAGGCCGGCGUCUACCGAGGAGGCGCAGUCUAUAAAUGCGAUAUCGCGGCCGAUGAUAGAUGCAACGUAAUCCAUUUCGACGAUAAAGGACAUAAUCACGUCAAAAACCCAAAUGUCGCUGGCGAUUUGAACCAGAUCGACAACAAGACGCUGCAGUGGUUCGGCGCCACAGUCUCAGCUUCUAGCAAGGACGGAGGCCCGAUUCUGGCAUGCGCGCCCAGGUACAUCUGGUUCUCGGUGUCGCAGCCCAAGUACGAUCCCGAUGACAAUAAGUGGAGCAAGGAGUCCACGGCGGGCAACAGAAGAGAGCCAGUGGGCACCUGCUGGGUCGCCGCUAAUAACUUCAACGAGUCGCAGGAAUACUCGCCUUGUCGCACGAGGUUCUGGGGCUAUCACAGGCAGGGCUCUUGCCAGGCUGGUUUAGGAGCCGCGUUAUCUAAGCAAAAGGAUUUGAUUCGCCUGAAACUUGCAUAUCGUGGAAAUUGCAUAUUUUCUAUCGAUGACACGAGAGAAGUCAUUUGAGAUCUUUUCUUUUGUAGAAAAGAUUUUUGUUUAACGUGAUACUUUUUACGCCGAACUUUGGAAUAAAAAAAGUUUUUGAACAUAAAAAUCUCUUUAAGUUGCUAGUAAUAGGUAACAAUAAUCAGGCUUUUUAGUCGACAUUAACCGGCCAGUGUUU